AUGAUUUCCAUCUUUCUUGUUGUAUUUGUUGCUCAAGCCGAAUAUCUCAUGACCAAUUACAACGAAUAUGUGAAUGUCUAUCAACUCGAUAAAUGUUAUUACACCGGAAGCAACAAGUAUACAAAAUACGUCAAAGAUGGCAAGAAGGCCAGAAUUUACACAUCAAAUACAUGUGAUAAUUGGGUUGAUGAAGGCUCUUUUGAGCUUGAAAACAAUCAAUUGUUUUCGAAUAACCUUCCAGAAUACUCGGCAGUUGCUUAUUCAUACCUUGAUGCAGAACACUGCACCAUCAAAGGAAAUGGACCAUAUCCAUUAGAAAU